GCUUAAUUAUUAUCACUUCAUCAGUCAUCAGAAGCUGCGAAGCAAAUAGCACACAGACGAAAAUGGCGAUUUUGCCAACAUCAUUGCAACUAACAAGAAGUGAUUUUCUCCAAAGCAAUCCCUAUUCCUUCAGCAUGCCUUCAAAUCCCACACGCCGCUGCGCCCGCCAUCCGUUUGUUAUUACCUUUUCUAACAAACCCAGGAGCGAAAUUGUUUGUAAUGACAAGAAAAGGGAGUUCCUUGAGAAGUACGGGCUUAAUCCAGAUGAGUUCUUGCCUAAACAAUCUCGAAAGAUGAAGAGGAGAGGAGAGCAAGGGAAUUUGGAAAAGAAAAGCAAUACACCGGUGCAGGAGCCAAAGCCACCACGAGAGACUCACAAAUUGCUUCAGGUACUCGGGGGAACGGCUCGGAGGAAAAAGUUGCUCUCACCAAAGAGUAUGGAUGUGCGGCCUAUGAUGGAAGUUGUAAAGGGAGCAGCUUUUUCGAUUUUACAGGCAGCAGGUGGCUCGCCUCAAUCUCUGAGGCCCGGGCGUUGGUUAGACUUGUACAGUGGCACGGGAUCUGUUGGCAUUGAAGCAAUCAGCAGAGGAUGCUCUGAGGCCCACUUUGUGGAGAUGGAUCCUUGGGUUAUCUCAGAUGUACUGCAGCCUAACUUAGAAUCAACUGGAUUUCUCGAGGCUUCAGUUAUACAUACUGCCCGUGUUGAAACAUUCUUGGAAAAUGCACAACGAUAUCUUGGGAAGGAAGCGGAAUUUGAUUAUAUAAGUGUUACUCCUCCAUACAUGCUUGUUGAUUACGCAGUUCUGAUGGACCAGAUUUCUAAUUCCUCAGUUGUUGGGGAGAAUACAUUUGUAGUAGUUGAGUAUCCAUUGAGAACUGACAUGCUGGAUUCAUGUGCGAGCUUGGUAAAGAUAGCUGAUCGGCGGUUUGGCCGGACACAUUUAGCAAUAUACGGACCACAGUGGGCACAAAAGAAGAGUAAAUCAGAGAAGUGACUGUCAUAUAUCACACAAACGGUCUGAAAUGGAAACGGUUGCUUGAUUAGAAAUUUGUAUGUUUUCUGAUGAGCUCGAUCACGUUACACCUGAUUAGUCAACUUGCAAUGCAAGUGCAGCUUAUGCUUCCAGGUAAAUCACCAAUAAUAAGCUGCCUCUGCUUGGCCAACUAUUCAUGUCAUUUAUAGUUGGACUUGUCUGUCAGAACUCUUUUUCAUCUUUGUAACAAAAUGUGAAGAGAUCAAUGCGCUCGGAUCUAGGCAAGUUUAGCUGAAGAUAUGAUGGUUCUUUAAUCUUGACAUUGUCAAUGGUUGUAACCAGUUAAGCACGUUUCAUUGGCUGAAAUCUAGGUAUAGUUACUUGCCUUUGGUGCCAUUGUGCUUGUAUAUAUUCCUGAAUUCGGCAUCUAUUAAAAAUAUUGUAGUAGCAUUUUGUUGGUCAUUCUAUGUUCUAGUUUGUGCAAAAUUUACUGAGUUCUCAACUAUAGUUCGUACCCUUUGUCUUCAUUUUCCAUUUUGUGCUUUUGAUGCUUUCAUAUAGAAUUUCCUGUUUGGCUGUUGAAGUUUGUGUAUCCAUUCUAAACUCGUAGAUCAAAUAUGGCCGAAAUCCAGCUGUUACACUUCAUGGGAUGAAGUUACGUACGUUGGCACUAUCUAUGCUCGUCUUGUAAUUUGAGUUUUUACAUGUCGACAAGAUGUUUUGAGCCAACUAUGUGAGUUGCAUAGAGCAAAGCUUCAUGUAGUUUUUGCCUUGAAUUCUGACGAUUCCUUUUGGUGUUGAAACUGUGUUAUUUUGUUGAGACGGUACACUAUUCUUGGAUGCAUGCUCAAGUCAUGAUCCGAGGUUCCAGAGCUUAGGACAAAUGUCGUAAAGCAAGAGUAGAAAAGAGGGACAUCUAUUUUGUUUGAACGCGGAUUUGGACCAUAUUUCUGAUAAAACUUCGUGCCAUCCUUACCCCCCUUGGCUACUUUUUGUUGUUAGUAACUGUAUGAUACUUUGAGUGUGAUCACAGGGACUCCUUAACUCUAAGUGAACAAAAGAAAGCAGGUUUAUGAUGCCUGAAGAUGUGUCGAAUAUGCAACCACCACGGUCGAAAGGUGCAUAUUCUUGAUCUCUUAUUUCAUCGUAUCAUGCUUGACUCGAUUCUCUCUUUUUCCUCUCAUCUUUGUAAAAGGAUAUAUUUGAAUUGGUACUGCACCCUAAUCUGUUAAUAUGUGAUGAAUAAUAUGGCUAAAUACGAUGAAUAUAUUUGCUCGAAACACCGUUCAUUUGCACUUGCUUUUGGAUCUUUCAUUUGAAUAAGAAUCAACACUUGAAGUUUUAGAUGUUGCUUUUAAGGACCACACAGAGUGUAGGUACAGUUACCUCUUUUAGUUAAAAAGGAAAAGAAAAUAUUUGUUGUAAGAAAAGAAAAGCAAAUUUGUUUAUUGGAUGUGAGUGACUAUUCACAUCUUAACUCAGUAAGUUACAUCAUAUUGCUGUAAUGAGUAUCUCUACCUGUUUCAUUAUUCAUGUCACACAUUCUUUUUAAGGUUUCCUGCAUAAUUUUUUAACUUCUUAAAUAUUGUGUCCGAAAGAAAUAUGUCAAAAAUAAUGAGACUAAAAAGAAGUACUAAUAUUUACUCAAAAUCAAUCCAUAUCUAAAAUUUGAUGAUCCUUGAUUCCAAAAUCUUUGCUCCAAACAAUGUUCCAAAUUGCUUUUGGAUCUUUUGAAUCAAAAGGAAAGAUUGAAGUUGUAGAUUUUGCUUUUUUAGGACCACAGAGAGCGACCCUUGUUUUUGGACAUGCAUGUUCGGUUUGGAAUUGGGCCAACGUUUCUAGCUUUUGAACCAUAAUCAACCACGAUGGGCUAAAUCAAAACCGGCAUAUCGAGUUAACCGGUCUGGUUUCAGCUACACUAUAUUUUAACCUAAAAUCGGUGUUAAUCAAGUAGUGAACGCCAACCUCUAGCAUUGCAUACGCUAGCCAAUCGUCGUGCCUAGAAAUUACAAACUUCUUUGUUAUAAUUUGUUUAGUCCCCCUUACUAGUUCUUACACAUGAUUCAGUUUUCGUUUUUGGGUAGAUCCUCAACCGUUUAAUUAGGGUUUCCAGUGUGAUUAACGGAUCUUCAUGUCGAAUUCUAUGAUGUCUUGUAGCGAAUAUUGACUCUUGCAUUUCUCCUAUUUCGAAAUUGAAGGCUUGUAAAAUAACGGUAUGCAUAAAUAUUUUGUUGUAUAAACAUUAUGAAUGUGACAUAUUUCUACCUGCAUUUAUUCGGCUAAGUUUGUAACAUGGAAGGAGACAGUGUGACAGGAAUAACAUAGAAAAAGCUGGUUCAAAUUUCAAUUCAAACUUCUGUUUCACGACUCGAUUUGUAUUCACCUCUGCAUGUGAGUUCUUCAUCAUUUUAGUUAAUAAAAUACUUACAUAUCUGUUGUACUAGAUGCCUUAUUUUAUUUUUGAUGAAUUUAUGGCUGGGGUGAAUUUUGUCCCUACUGAAUGUAGAACAAUUCUCAUGAAAUUUAGCGAAGAAUAUAUGUUGAUUAGAUAUGA